GCGGCCCGGCGCGCAUUCUGCCGUCUGUUGACCUGCGCGCCAUGUGUCGCUCGUUUUCUUCGCUGCCCACCGUGACCGGCCUGUGGGCCCUGGAGCCCGCUUCCUCCUCCGGCUUCGGGCUGCGGCGGGCCUCGGGCCCGGAGAUCUUCACCUUCGAUCCCCUUCCGGAACCCGCGGCCUUCCCCGCCUGCCGUCGCCGCGCCUCCCGCGGGCACAGAAAGCGCAAUCGCCGGGUCCUGUACCCGCGAGCGGUCCGGCGCCCACUGCCCGCCGAGGCACCGAAUUCGGCCAAGAGGCUCCUGUUCGUCCUGCUCGCCGUGGUCUUCUGCCAGGUCCUGAUGGCCGAGGAGGGCGCGUCGGUGUCCCUGGCCCCGGAGGACACGCCCGCCGCCGAGCCCCCCGCGCCCGCGCCCGCGCCCGCCGCCCUCGAGCCCUGCAACCUGACCUCGCCGCCCGCCGACCUCGCGCCGGACCUGCGCGCCUUCCUGCGGCAGCACCCGACCUCCUUCUGAGCGGCGCCGCCCGCCGAGGCCAGAACCAGGCACCAGGCGGAGCUGGUGCGCGCGAGCGUAUCCCACACUGGGACCCCGGACCGAAACACUAACUUAUUCUGCCUGCUCCUCAUUAGUAUUUAUGCGUAUUUAUGUAUCCUCGGGUGACGUGUAAUAUUUAUUGUAACUUAUGCGAGGGCCGCGAUGCGCGCCUCUCUGAACGCCGGUCUCGGCAUUUAUUAGACGCAAGUUGGUGGAGGCCGGGCCGGGCCGCAGAUUCCGGCGGGUCUCCAGGGAGGGGCGCUGGGCCGUGGGGUCGGGGUCGCUCAGUAUGUUCUGUGAACACAAAUAAACCUGGUUUAUACCGGC